CCGAAAUCGUAUACUAAUGGAAACUCUUGUUGUAGUUGUCUUCCUCUUCUGUAUCUUCAAAAAUAGACGGUCAUCCUUGAUGUGGUCCCUUCCGGUGCUAAAUACAGUAAAAACUUGUCGUUCGAAUCGAAUGCGAAUCGAAAAUAACUCUGUGAGCUGGGAAAGUUUUACAAAAACACAGCUCAAAUAAAACCUGGAAAAGAACAGAAUGAAGGAUUUAUCCACAGUACUUGUUUCCCCGCACACGACAAGAAAAAAAUGUGGUUUCUGCAUGACAAAACUUGCUUUCAAUCCUGCUUAGCAUGACGGGUAGCGCACGCGUCCACGAAAGCGAGAUUUGUCUAUGCAUGUUGUAGUAGGCACGUGUACGUGCGUGGGAGAUUUGUAUUGCAUAGGAUUGGGUAGUUGGUCCGCACGGUUGGAACGACAACCGGCUGUGGGACGCGCUGUAUGAAAACGGGAACAUUGUAAAGCUCGACCCCAAUGUAUCCCAGUGCACAACUCCCCCUCGUUCUCAUUUCUCAUGCAAAAUACCAAUUCCACGCUUUCCCUCCUGUCACUAUUGUGCAUGACAAAUUCUGGUAGCCCAAACAGAACUACUACACUCCAGUGCAAAUUUGUCAUGCAAAACCCGCAGUCUUGCUGAUCCUGAUGCUUCUAUUUUUGCCGUGCAUGCUACACGAAUGGGGGGGAGGGGGAGUUGGGCACUAUCAUACAAUGGCCUGCCGGACGAGGAUGGAAAGCCGAUCGGUCACAUAUUGCGAGGAAAAAUCCCCCCUCCCCAUAUAAUUGAAAACGCAACGCCUGAAAAUUUGUGAUGCAGAUUUGUGACCACAAAUCCUGUCCGUCUUGCAAGAAGACAAACGCAGAGAGUCCGUCCCAUGAUGCUGGCAGUUUGUGAUGCUGUUGCGCUUACAGCGUAGACGGUUUUCAUGCUAGGCGCCUACGGCAAAUCCUCUCGACUCAGGCUUAGCAUAUAGCUGCAGUCCCCCACUGCAAGACAAGUCUGAUUUGUGUACUGAGAUCCAGCGUCAGCAGUUUCGUUUGGAUAUUGGUCGGGGACGUUUUUACAUAGGAUAGCACACGACGCACAACAUGUUUGUCAAGUGCAAAAAAACGAAGGAAAUGUACCUGAUUACCGUUCGCCAGAAAUCAAAAAUCGAUCUGAAGAGCUUCGUAUCAAAUGCAAAUAAGUAUGUGAAGAUGUAGGUCCGGAUCAGUGCUGGAACCGUUUGUUAUGCUGAUUUUCCAUGCCUUUGGGUUUGGCUUUGCCUGCUCGCGAUGGAUCGCGAACAAAUCUCUGAUGCAGGGUAAACGUAAGUAGUUCCUGUAAGGCCUUCGCAAUGUGGCUAGAAGUUGCCUUUCGUGCAUGAGAAACAGCCUCUCUGUGUGAUCAAAAGCGGCGCGCUUUUUUUGGUACGUGGUAUGCAACACAAAUUUUAUUUGUGUGACUUGCACCAGCAUGCAAUUGCAUCAUCACAAGUGUGCAAGAACCUUGAUGACUUUCCAGACACAGACAUACCUAUAAUUUGCAUUUCAUACUGCGCGGUGGCGCUGGGUGCGAAGGAACUCCGGCUCUGCAAAGAUAGGGAGGUACAGCGUAAUUAUAUGACUAUAAUACGGCUUUUUUUCUCGCAAAUACGAUUCGGAUUUGUACUAUUUGAUUCAAUUUCAAUUCAUUUCUUGUUGUGUGUGGAACAAGAACAGGAAGGAUGUGAUCAAAAUAGUACAACCCAAGUGAAGAACGCAAAUGACACACAGGACUACUUGGGCUCAACCCGCGGAUGCAUUACAGCGUUGGCACUGUUUUACUAUCGCAAGAAAAAUGAACUGCCUGUUCAUUGUAGUGACAGACCUUGUGAUGCAGAAACUACCGCACACGCACACACACACAAGUCUUUGAUGUCCUGUUUUUAGAAAGCUGCCAAGAUAACCGGUGGGAUCUUUAAGUAGUACAGCCGUGUCUUCAUCCCAUGGAAAGCACGCAUGGCAGGUUCGUUAAUAUUUCGCUGUCAUGGUAAAGUAACAAACAACUUGUGAUGCAGAUCCUGCAUCAAAAUCGUCACAGUGUUGAGCAAACAGUUUUCUCAUGGGAUAUCUACGACGAGGGCUGGAAUGUGAAAUGGGUAUCGCAAGAAAAAAACUGUGUAAGUAAGUAUAAAUCUGCAAUGCAGAACACGCAACAGAGUUAUGCCUGUCAUGCCAGACAGCCACGAAGUUCUCUUUUCCUGUGUAAUUUCCCUUACAAGCCACGCAUGACAGGUUUUCUCUGUCAUGUAGAGCAAAUUUGUGAUGCUGUUAGCCAAACAUAGUUACACUAACACAGUUUUUUUCUUGCAUAAUGGGUGGUAGAGACCGAAUAUCCAGUGCAAACAUGUCUAUGGGUCUGGAAAGUUGUCAUGCUAAAGAUCGUUCUUUAUGUUGGUCAACAAACAUGACAAACAUGCAUCCUUCAACACCCAGACAACAGAUUUGCAAUUCAUACCGAACUGAUGGCCAUGCCGGAAUGGGUUUUGUGUGCCGGCUGUCAGGUAUGAGAGUGCACAACUCCCCCUCAUUUGUAUGGCAUGAGCAGCAAUACAAACAGCAGCAAACGCGGAGCCCAUGCAUGACAAAUUUAUGUGCCUGAUAUAGUACUGUUUGGGCUUCCGGAUGAAUUUGUCAUGCAAACAGUGCCACAGGGCAGCGACUGGAUUUGGGGUUUUGCAUGACAAAUGACGGGGGGGAGUUGUGCGCUGUCAUAUCAGGACCCGCUCCAGCACGACCAGCACAAUCUAACCACGGUCCGUACGGUGUUCUCAAAUGUGACAUUCUCAACUGUAUAGUAGUAGUAGUAGUGAUUCCCAGCAAGGGGAGAGAAGGGGGCGCCAUCUCUCACCUCACUAGCUUUUCACCACUUUUUUCAUUGCGCGUUUGGGUUUGGGCUGGUGAUUUGCUCUCUUCUCCUUCGGUUUGCAUGCUCCCUCAUGCGCAGCCAUCUUGCUAAUUCGCAAGGACUCACUAUGGUCAUGGGGACGCUCCACCCGAUUGUCGUGAUUGAACAGAAUCUUGUACGUUUUGCAUUUCCUGCAUCGUAAAAACUCGCAGCCCGCUCGGUUCGUGAAAAGUGCAUCGCGAGGUAGAACGUUACGCCAACCCUUCGCAUCAGAUCCAAAGUAAUACCGACCCGUCCAGUGGUUCCAUAGGUGUUGCUCCGGUCGGUAGUCUCCUGUUGCUCUGCCCUGUGCGUCUUUUUUCCUGCCUGUCCUGAUGUAUCCAUUCUGCCUGUGGACCUGCGCGUGCUUUUCCAUGGCCCCCGCAGUGGAGGCGUACAUAAGUUCGCACGAUUUACAGAAAAUUUUUUUGAUAUGCGCCGCCGGCCCCCUAGCCAUUUUGUCGCGUAGGAUGUCGCUGUUUCUCUCGAUGAUCUCACACCGUAUCUCCUGGUCUUGCUCAUUACUUAUUUGCUCUGCCUUUUUCAUAACUAACGCCUUGACAUCCGUGUUGGUCGACUUUUUCACCGGAUGCUCUUGCUGCAUGUGAGCUAUCAUUUCCACCGAUGGCCCGCCGUCCGUUGUUCCCCACGAAGCCGCCUGCGGAUAGUUCUGCGCGCACCACAUGCACUGGCGCUGGGCGUCAAAAUGCUCAAGGGCCGACGGCUGUCCUGUCGGGAGCGCGUGCACUACAUCGCCCUCACGUACGUCCGGGUCUUGUUCCUGCGCGGCCUUGAUUGCUUCUGCACGCGUUGGCGUCUGCCCUGGGUUGCCGAAAUACUUGAUGGCCAGAUCAUCCGUUAUCUUCUGUCGUAGGUCCGCGUCCCCAUUGCUCCAGUCUUCAGCUGUUUCCCGGAUAAAACACUGCCGCGUCAUUGCAUGGAAAAGUCGCUUGUUGGCCGCAUAGAGCGCGGAGCCACUCGGUAACUCUUCAGGCUGCCGCGCUUGUGUUGCCUCCAGGUCCUCGGUGAGAAGCUGCACCAUUUCCAGCGGCAUUUUGCAUUUUUUUGUCAAAUGUUCUAGGGCGUCCUGGAGGAAGGACUCUACCCGCCGCUCUUUUGCGUCGACUUCUUUGAGCUCCUUGACUGAUCGCAGAACUUCUGCUCUGGCCCGAAGACCGUCUUCCAGCGCGUUGCCCGCACUAGCGCCCCGGUAUAAAAUCGGCACAAACUUGCCCACGAGUGCGCGUCUGGCUAAAUCGGUCGGCUUCCGUCGUAAUACGUGUCCCACAAAUCGCAUCUGUAGAUACUUCAAGUGCACUCCGAACGGCGGGACUUUCAACUUGCGCCGAAGAUCGGCCGCGCUUUUCUUCUGCAGCACACGCUCCCACCAAGGAAUGUCUUGAAUCCUCUGCAUCAUCGCAAUCUCCUCCCGCUCGAGGGCUCGAACUUCGUCUGGACUCACGUACCUUGCCGCCAGGCCGUACAAGAAUAUGCUUCGGAUCAUAAUGAUGAUUAGCUCGCCACGCCGCUCUGCAAAAAGAUUCGAAACGCCGCUCAUCUUCGCCCGUAACUUGUUGUAGGCAGUCCAAGCCUUUCGCUUUUUUUGUCGAAUGUCUUCUCGGGGGUCCGUGUAGCUUCCAAGAUUUCUUACCGACAUGUCACAGAUGUUGCCGCUAAAACGCUUCGCGUCGUUUUCCCGACACCCUGACUCCCGCAGUGCCUUUGUCAGUAGCUUCAUGGCCUUCGACUCAGAUGGAGCAAGCUUUUUCCCGAUUAGCUCCGCAUUGAUUUUCAAGAACUGCUGCAACUCCUCCUCGGUCAUGUGUUCCAGCAGCGUCGUGUCAUCAGCAAACAACAGGUCCAUCACGUGGUCGAUACUCAGCUCCGGCUCGCCUUCUUCUGGCUUCUCGCCCCCGGUUAUCUCAUGCAGCUGAUCGGUUCUCUUCAUGUGUCCCAAGUCGGCACGAGAGUACAACCGCACCCCUUUCAGGGAUUCUGAGCCCUCCUGCCUGCGUAGUAGUCUGUGAUAUUUCAUUACUGCCGUGCAACUAAUCAAGAAGACGAGGGGGCUGCUCACACAUCCUUCCUUCGUUCCAUUUUCCAGCGUGAAUCGGUUUCCCGGCUUCUUGGUUUCUGGGUCGUAGAACUCGUGCUUGGCAUGCCUAUGGCUACUGUUUAUCACACUCCAGCACGUUGCUUCUCCUAUUCCCAAGGUGUCCAUUACCGCCGUCACUAAUCUCCAGUCCAGACUUGGGAACGCUUUUUUCAGGUCCACCAACGUCGCCAGCAGUCUGCUUGAUUUGUGUCGCGAAUAAUGAGACAGGUCUUCCUUCAUUCGGUUCCAAAUCAUAAUGCUUUCGAGCGUGCCGCGAUUUGCCCGAAACCCAAACUGGGUCUCGCAAAAGUAUUGCUUGUCCUCCAGAACCUUGUAGAGCCGAUCGCUGUAAAUUUUUGUACAUAAUUUCAACAAGCACGGCGACACUACGAGAAUACAUGAAUUUGUAAUGCAAGAAUGGCAAGAUGAGAAGAGUGAAAGGGGGACGAAGGUUGAUGCGCCUUUUGCAUUACAGGUUUGGAGCAGAUUAAAGUGCUAUCUAGCGCGUCGAGAACUUGUCAUGCGGAGAAGGUUUGAAAUUGUGAGAAGUGAUUGCGUUUUUGCAUGACAAAUCAUGUAACAGUUGAGAAUGUAACGUUUGAGAGCCCCAUAGUCCGCACCCUUGUCCCGGGGGAUAAGGGGAAGUUGAAAAGUAUCAUCCCCUGGCAUUGGGAACACAGGAUUGAAGUGGAGGGAUGGUACGAUUUCACCUUGAUCAGAUUUUCUUUUAUUCGUUUUCGUGUUGAUCUCGAUCUUGAUUUUGAAGCUCUGUAUGUUUCCGUAGUUUUGUGUCCUCACAAUAUAUUUAUAAAUUCAAGUGUCAAGAAGAACAAGGACAAGCCACAUCCGACCAUCAACCGACCGCAGAUCAUGUCACGAUACUGCAACCAUAGCAAACUCAUCACGACAGCAAUACCGGCGGGAUUUUGGCAAUAAAGUUCGAUGGUACCAAGGCGAAAAAGGACUCUCCUGUACACAAUAUUAAAGUUGUGGCGUCGAAAAAGGUGGACGAACAAAUGCCCGGCCAACAGAACAAAGAGGAGUUGUCAACAUCAACGACUAGUAGGAAAGGCACGACACAAGCAGUGGAACAACCCGGGAACAACAAGCCAGCGGCUCAAGCGAAUAUCAAAUGCAAAAGUGUCUGGGUCUGGAAAGUUGGAACUUGUGAUGCUAACUUUGGACUCUAAAAAGAUCUGUAUUGCAUGAGUAGCAAAGGGAAUGUAAUUUUUGCUACGCGGAUAGAGCAUUUCUCAUGCGAAAUAGGCAUCAAGAACCCCUCGAAAAAUCUGGGAUGCUACGACAUGCAUCACAGACAUCAUGGCUCGUGCAAAACGUGCAUGACAAGUCUCAGAAUCUCCCAGACCCAGACAUUUUUGCAUUUGAUAGCCAAGAAACAGCAGCAAUUUGCCGAGGACCAUUUGUUCACUCGCCGCGAUUAUGAACUGAAGAAGUAUCGUCGCACUAGUAGUAGUUCGUUGUACUUGCAAUACAAAUUAGCUUAGCAUGGCGAAUGAAGCUUGUCAUGGUGAUUCAACUCGGGAAGAAAUUUUGUUUUGCAUGACUGCAAUUAGAAGUACGAGCAAGUCGAAGAUACUUUUUCAAUGCAUAGCGAUAGUAGCGAAACGAUUUACGCGAGUGCAUUUGAGCGGUACGAGCAGCGGCAGGGCGGGGUGGUAAACUCGGCGCUGAAGGGGGCGUAGGGGAGGUCCUGCAAAUUUGCUGAGGAACAGGAACACAUAUAGUGGUUGACAGCGUGGCGCAAUUAUCUCAACAACCGAUUUAGCUAUUGCAGUUUUAUUUCCAAGAAUAAAGCAGCAAAAUCCUUUACGCGCAGCAUAAGCAAUCUGGCCUUUCUAGUUGUCGCUUUGCACUUGAAAGUACCACGUAGCUACUAUGGAGUUUUGCUUUCGUGCUGCUAUUUUUCGCACUGAAGUACUUACUUAUUUUCCUUUUCGUACCAAACAGAAACACUUCUUUGCUGACGCAGUCGGUCAUUCACAUUCUGGCGGCUUCGCAGGCAGUUCUUGUUCCGCAGAUUUUGGUACUAAUUCUAGCGCAUGAAGUGCCACAUCAAGAUGAAUCUCCUUAUCAAGAACUUGAACUUUGAAAUAAAUAGCUUGGUCACAGUCACAUUUAGACAAAACAACAGAACGCAGACAUGCAGCAACCUCAUUUUUUUUGCCGAGAUGUAUCUACUUCGUGU